AUGCCUUCUGCUAGGAACCUUACUUCCAGGGUACUUGUGCCAGAGAAGCUGUCUCCCGAUGGACUGGCACUUUUGGGGGGCUCUUUAGAAGUGGAUGAGCGUAAAGGACUGAGCGCUGAUGAGCUCCUGGAGAUUAUCCCUGAAUACGAUGGACUGGUGGUACGGUCAGAGACAAAGGUCACAGCUGAAUUGCUGCAUGCUGCCAAGAGGUUGAAGGUGGUUGCCAGAGCCGGAGUUGGUGUGGAUAAUGUUGAUGUGGGAGAAGCUACCAAGCUUGGGAUCGUUGUCGUCAACUCCCCAUCGGGCAACAUCGGGGCCGCUGCAGAGCAUACCAUAGCCCUAAUGAUGGCCAUGGCGAGAAAGAUUCCCGAAGGCUGUAGCAGUCUUAAAGAGGGUAAAUGGGAGCGAAGCAAGUUCGUUGGCGUCGAAGUAAAGGGCAAGACCUUGUCAAUUAUUGGACUAGGAAAAGGCAUGUUGUUUGAUCUCAGAUUCGGAUUGACGGUUGCAAGACUCGCCAAAGGUUUGGGAAUGCAUGUCAACGCCCUGGAUCCAUAUGCUCCCCCUGCGCUCGCGGCAUCCGCUUCCGUCACGCUUGUAUCGUCUCUUUCGGAGCUGCUAGCUAGUGCUGAUUUUCUUACCAUUCAUACGCCCCUGAUUGCAUCGACCAAGGGUAUGAUUUCAACAUCAGAACUCUCCCAGAUGAAGCCUGGUGCACGUAUUUUGAAUGUGGCCCGCGGAGGGACGAUCGAUGAAGCAGCGCUCUUUGAAGCUCUGGAAUCAGGACAUCUAGCCGGUGCUGCCAUCGAUGUGUUCACAUCUGAACCUCCAGCUCCGGACUCUACGGCCGCGAAGCUGAUUUCUCACCCCCGAACGGUAGCGACGCCGCAUCUGGGGGCAUCAACGGUAGAGGCUCAGGAGAAUGUCUCUAUCGAUGUCUGUGAACAGGUCCUCCAGAUUCUAGACGGUUCAUUGCCUCGGAGCGCGGUAAACGCACCACUCAUCUUGCCAGAAGAAUACAGCAAGUUGCAGCCAUUUGUACGGCUGGUUGAAAGAAUGGGAAGCCUGUAUACGCAACACUACGCUUCUUCGGCUGGAGGCUCGAUGACCCGGAACACAUUCGAUCUUGUCUACCAUGGUGAAGUAGCAAAUAUCAGCAACACCCGGCCUCUUUUCGCCGCAUUGAUCAAAGGCUUGAUGGCUCCGAUCAGCAGCUCCGAUGGUGUCAACAUCAACAUUGUGAAUGCAGAUUUGGUAGCGCGGGAACGCGGCAUCAUUGUGAACGAGCAACACUCACGGGAUCCAGCAGAUCAUUCGUACUCAUCACUGGUGACACUUGUGGCUCGUCCACCCUCGCGAGCGUCCUCGCGUGCUCCAGGUGAAAGUGCGCCGUCUUCAACUCGCCUUGAGACACAGGGCCAACGAAUCAUCUCUGGAACAUGUUCUGGAGACCAGCCCUUGAUUAACCGACUAGGGCGCUUCGAGACUUCCUUUGUACCGGAAGGUACAUUGAUGAUCUGCGAGAACUACGAUUCUCCAGGCAAGAUUGGAGUAGUGGGUAGUAUCCUCGGACGGGAAGGAGUGAAUAUCAACUUCAUGACAGUGGCUCCAGUGUCCAAGAAGUUCAGUGGUGAUGGGGCAGGGCUUGCUGAUGGGCCUGGACAGAAGAAAGGGGAUAUUGAGAAGGAGGCAUUGAUGAUUCUUGGAAUUGACAAAGUAGUGGAAAGAGGAGUGGCCGAUGCACUGGUCAAGGAAGGAGGCGUGUUGAGUGCGACUGCAGUUUGUUUGAUAUAG